GUAAUUUAGCCGCACCGCACCAUACCGCCGCUCCCGUCCCCCAAAUCCCCAAAUCCCCUCGAACCCUAGCCGCCCCUCUGCCCUCCCCACGAACCCUAGCCGCCCCUCGAGCACGAGCCGCAGCCGAUCCAGCCACCGGCAGGGCGGCGCGAGCAGCGCCCGGUCCUACCACCGGCAGGGCGGCGCGACCUUAACCUCUCCAGGUUGCAGAGGUGGAAGGAAGCAGAGGACCGCUGCUCACGGAGGUGCCCAAGUACAAGCAGACCAUCUUCUCCGUCCUCCCCUAGGCCAUUAACUCGUCCAGCAAGCAAGGCAAGUAAACCAGGCAACAACCAAGCUGACUAGCACAGUUCCAGUUCCCGUGAGAUCUACUAUGACAAAGAUGACAAGGAGCAAGAAACUUGCAGAAGCGCCAACUACUGAAUAUGAGAAGAUUAGGGCUAAAAAUAUGAUGAGGAACAACCGAAUAUUCCAAUCACUUGGCAUCGCUGCAUUAGGUAUGAUGGUUAGGAACUCAAAUCAAAUGCAGCAAGGUAGUGCCAUCACCGGUGGGGACUCAGCUUCUGCCAUAACACAACAAGGCUCAAGCUCUGAGUACAGUCCUGACGAUGAGGUCAUUGAGGAGGAUGAAGUUGAUGAUAUUGUAGUGGAGAAGGAAGAUAAGGUUUCUAAGAAGGCAAGGAAGUCAAUCAAUAAAAAGACUAAGAAGAGUUUUGAUAAACCUUCUGAGAUGGCUCCAGGAAAAACAAGGGUGAUUGCUCCAGCCUCAGGAGGCUCAAAGAGGGUGCUACCUGGUUUGAACUCGGAUGAACAUGAAUCUGCUCGAGUCACUAGGCAAAAAACAAAGUUGUCUCUAACCAACCAUGAAGAAAGUCUUGUGCAAAUGGAUGUAGGAAGCCCAGCAAAUGUGGAUGAAGGAAGCCUCCAUGUGCACGUGGAUGUAAGAAGCUCAAUGCACGAAGAUGAAAGAAGCCUGAUGCAUGAGGGUGAAGUAAGCCUGAUGCAGAUGGGUGAAACAAGCCAUGUCCCAUCUACUCUGUGCACAAAUCAGCCAAUUGAAGUUCCUGAGUUCUCUGACCAACAGCUUGACCAACAACGGCAAUUGGACGUUGAAAAGAAGCAUUUUGACAAUGUACCGGCCAAUCUAGUGAGUGUCAAAUCUCCUGAUAAGAAUGUGACAGAUGCGGAGUGGCAAAGGCUGGUCAAGAUGUGGUCUAUCGCAAGGCACAAGGAAACCUGUCAGUCGAACAAGGAGAACCGUUCCAAAGUUAAGUUCCAUCAGAAAACUGGUUCUCGCCCCUACAUUUCCCAUGUGCAUGCUUUGAAAGAGGCUCGUAAGCAUGAAGAGUUGACUGCGUUUGAUCUAUUCAAGGAGUGCCACAAUGGCAAGAAGACUCGUUUCUCUGAGCCAGUUAAGAAGGCGAUAGCUGACAUGGAAAAAGCUAUGGAACAAGGGGUACCAGAAGGUGGAGAACCAAAGAAUGUUGCUGCUGUUGUUGCUGACGUUCUCACUAAAGAAUGUCCCUCCAGCACAUUCCUUCAAAAUGUUGGCCUUGAGUCGAGCUCCAAGAAGAAGUUCAACAAAUCUGUAGCUGCUUUGGAUGCUCAUGUACAAGAACUAGAGUACAGGCUUGAGAAGGAGAGGCGAGUCGCUAAGCUGAUGCGAGAGGAGCUUGUUGAGGUCAAGAAGAAAUCAGAGGAGACCGAAGCUGCACGCGCCGUAGAGUACCAGUUGUUACUGCAGAGAGUUGAGGCCACCGAUGCUAGAUUUGCGCGUCUCAUGGAUCUAUUCGAAGGUAAAAUAGUUUAGUACGGCGUGGUUGAUGUUGGCUUUGGGACUUUUGAUGUUGAGUUGUUUUGACCUGGGGUUGAUGAGUUUCUUUGACUGGACAUGUGAACCACAAUAUGGACCAGAGAUUGGCUGUGGUUUGAUGAGGUUGUGUUUUGGUUGGUGCGUCUUAAUCUUAUGAACAUGGUGUACUGAUACUAAGCUACAGGCUAUGUUAUUUUGGUUGGUGCAUCUUAUGAACUUGUGGUGUAAUGAUACUGUUGGGCCUAAGUUAAUGAAAUCUUGGAGAAUUGUAUUGGUUGA